GAUUUCCAAAUUGGGCCUUUUCAGGGAAAAAGUCUCAUCUUCUUUUGCCCCUCCAAACCCUAACUAACCGCACGUGCAACGGCACCUUUGUUUGAAGACAACUCCCACGUGCCGGCUCAACUGCAGCUCUCAAAUCGGAAUAGAGAGAGAGAGAGAGAGAGAUAGAGAUAGAGAUAGAUAGAUAUAGAGAGAGAAAAUUCACCGACGAACACACAGAGAUUUCACAUUAUUAUUAUAUAAGCUCCACAGAAAAUACCAGACAAAGGCUUUUCGAAACCCUAGUCUCUCUCUCUCUCUCUCACUCCUCCUCUGCAUUUCUGAUUUCGCCCUCAUCUUCAAGGCAUAAAAACAUAUAGGGUGCUGUUUAUCUUGUUUUGGGAUUUACCUCUGAGUACAAAAACCUCUGAGGAAGCUAUCUCAGAAGAAGGCUUACACACAUGCUACUGAGAUUCAAUGUUGCAUGUUUUGGAAAGCACUGAAAAAGAGUUUGUACCAUCCUAACAAAGUUAAGAGCUUGAAUAAAGGGCAUCGUUUGUUUGCUUUGUCACUUCCUUGUUUUUACUGGAGGUGCAAAGUUCAAUUCUUAAUAAAUUUGCAUUGCCCUUGUCAAAUGUCCGAAGGUGCUAUGGCAGUAGUUAAACCUGAGAUGAAGUCUUACAUCUGGCUUCAAACUGCUGAUGGUUCAAUCCAACAAGUAGAAGAAGAGGUUGCCAUGUUUUGCCCCAUGAUAUGUCGAGAAGUAAUUCAGACAGGCACAGGAUCUUCCAAGAACUAUGCUAUAUCACUUCCACAGCGAGUCAAUCCUGCUAUAUUGGGCUUAAUUCUUGAUUAUUGUCGAUUUCACCAAGUACCAGGUCGUUCUAAUAAGGAGCGCAAAACUUUUGAUGAGAAGUUUAUUCGGAUGGAUACAAAAAGAUUGUGUGAGUUGACAUCGGCCGCUGACAGCCUCCAAUUAAAGCCUUUAGUUGAUCUCACCAGCCGAGCACUUGCUCGAAUUAUUGAAGGAAAAACUCCUGAGGAGAUACGUGAAACAUUUCAUUUACCCGAUGAUCUUACAGAGGAGGAAAAGUUAGAGCCCUUAAGAAACAUAACUGACGAUCCACGUAUCCGGCUUCUGAAUCGAUUGUAUGCAAGAAAGAGGAAAGAAUUAAAAGAGAGAGAGAAAUUGAAGAAUGUAGAAGUCGAAGAGGAGCGUGUGGAUGACCGCUCAGUAGAUGAUCUCCUGUCAUUUAUAAAUGGUGGAGAUGGAGAUACAAAAGGGACUAGAACAAAUAAGAAUAAAAAGAAAAAUCGGAGGAGAAAAGAUCAAUCAAAGGACUCUUGUUUAAAUAAUGUAAAUGGAAACCAUAAUGAGGAGAUGCAUGAUUCUGCUUGCCAUGAUGGUGAGGGUAACAAUGGUUUGUUGGCCUCUGCCAGUACAAGUUCAAAGUUGCAAGAUUCUGCAGCUGUGACAUUUUCCCCAAAACUUGAGUUUGAUGAUGGUGAUAUUGAUGAUGAUUUAGAUCCUGCAAUGAAGGAGGAACUUGACAGGGAGGUGGAGGAUUUUGCGCGAAGAUUGAAUUCAGUUUGGCCAGAGAGGAUGCAGGAACUUUUUCAAGGAAGAAAGCUUGUUCCUAUUUCUUUAAAUGGCAAUUCUGCCAUGAGUAGAUAUACAAGUUUGGACCAGAGAUAAUGAGCCAAUGCUGGAUAAAUUGUUCCUUAAAAUGGUCAGCAGCUCAAGCGGUCUGGAGAAGAUGCUAAUGUGGGAGCUUGCUGCUGUCAAAAGCUAGAAGAGUUGACAAUUUUUUUGGUGUGGCACCAUGUGAGUAUUUUUGUUUGUUUUACCAUCACCAAAAUGCCGGGUGUCUUGUAUGUUGGAAAGAAGAAGGAAAAAAAAAAAAAAAAAAAAAAAGAGGGAGAAAGAAGGUUAAAAGGAAUAAAUAUUUCUUAAGUAGGCAAAUCAAGCAUAAUUGGUUUAUUUCUCUUGACCUUAUUUGUUGUGUCAGGUGGGUUUGUGACCUUUCAGGCUUUGAGCAAUUGUCAUUGGCUAGAUCCCGUUAGUUUCUUGAGAUUCUCUGUUAAAUUCACAAAAUUUUCCUGUGUCGUAGUGUCCAUUAGGCCCCUUUGGGUAAUUGCCAUGUUAAGUUUUACGGACAAUUAAGUACUUUGAAGGAACGUGAGAGAUGAAAAUUGAUUGUUUUAGAAGGGGCUAUCUGAAAUAUAUAAAGUUUUGGAUAAAAUAUUCAUUGA